AUGGCGGAGCUUGAAGAUUUGGAUGACGACGAGACAGCUUGGGAUGCCGAGGAUGCAUCACAGCUGGCAGAGCUGCGGGCCGCAUCCCUCGCCAGCUGCCACGGCGGCAGCGGUGGUGGCAUCAGGGGCUCGUACGUGGGGUCUGUGCUGCUGGUGCUGCUGUCCGCGGACUCGGCAGCACUCGGGCUGUGGCGAGGCGGCGAGCUGCUGCGGCACAAGGUGCUCACCGGCUACACUGUACGCCGCAGCCAGGGCGGCGCGCAGGCUGCAUUUGAAGCGCGCGGUGGGCGCGGGCGCACGGCAGGGAGUGCGCUGCGUCGGAGCGAGACGCGGCGGCUGUGGCAGCGGACGGCGGCGCGGCUGGACGCGUGGCGAGACGACAUCAAGGAAUGUCACACUUUGUUUCAGAGCGGUGCUGUCCGCAACUGGGGCCUGCUGUACUCCGCUACGUGA